UCUCCCUGCUUCUGGGUCCUAGAACCCGCGACUCGGCGGAGCCUUCCCUCCUCCCGUCGCGCCGGGGCGCCGAGACGCGGCCGUGGUGCCCUCCGUGGACGCCGAUCGUUUUUAAGGAAAUCAAGGAUUGCAUGGCAUUGCUUUAACAAGCACUUCCUGUUAUCUUUACGGAGAUCUCAAUGAAGAAUAAUCUCGAAGGAGCAUUUGUCUUCCUGUACUUCUGCUAAUGGCCAUUAGCUGCUAGCAAAUGCUUUUAAUGACUGAAAAAACAUCAACUAUCCUUGUGCUUGGCCUGCUCUAGGCAGUCAAAUGAAGGUUUCUUUCAGUUGUUUCGGAACUCUAUUGCUGAAGCACAGCUCUCUUUGUUGGGUGAAUGAGUGUUCAUGAAGCCCUUUCCUGAACCAGCGGAGGAGCCUUAGGCUUUGUGAAGCCUGCAACAUGGAAGCUUUGGAAGUAGAUGAUAUCAGUCCAGCCUUGGAAGUUACUGAGGAUUUCUUUAGUACUUUUGACAGUAAGCUAGAAAAGGCUGUACAGCAAGCCGAGGUUUAUGGGAUUCAGGAAGUCCCUGAAUUGGUGGGGCAUGAGGUACUCACUACCAUAACGGACAAUGGUGCUAUCAGACAUGUUGCGUCCCUGGGCAAGGGGGGCCUGCUUUGGGACCACUGUAAGAGCAGGCUCUUAGAAACCAAAGCUCAGAAUGUCUUCCCUGCCAAAGAACAGUUUAUGGUUCAGAAAGGGACAGCCCCGGAUAAUCUUUCCUGGAUGGAACAAAAGGAAGCAUCAACCUUUAACUUUUUUAACGUGUGUCAGCGUCGGAGGGACAGGCCUCGUUCCGUCAAUGACUUAUUGGAUGAGACCUCUACUUUUAAGCCAGGUCAUGCUCGGUCAAGGUCAGAUGUCACCCAGGUGGACUGGAGGCUAGUCCUCCAAACCAUGCCUCUGCAGCAGCAGCCACCAUGUCUCCGGGGCCCUCAUUUCGGCAGGCCCGCUUUUCUGUCGUCCUCACCAAAUAAGGUCGAAGAUGCUCAAGGGAAUACUGAACACAAGCAGGCAUUCCCAAACAUUCUGAAGAAGGGGUACCUGGAGAUUAGGAAGGACCAUGACAGUUACUGGCAAAGCUGUUACGCAGAGCUCUCCCCGUACAACUUGUACUUCUACAGCCUUGACAGCAGUGGCAAUCAAGCCCUCUAUGCCACCUACCAGCUUUCACACUUCCAGAGCAUAUCUGUUUUGGGCAACCUCGAGGCCAGGCUGGUGGAUACCGUUCUGUAUGACAACACUCAGCUGCAGCUAAAGGCAGAAUCACCAUGGGAGGCUUUGGACUGGGGGCAGAAGCUUUGGGAAGUCGUGCACGCCGCCGUGCCUGGUUACGUGGGGCGGCAGGAUGAGCUGGCCAACUCACCCGGACUUGGUCAUCACGUUGACUGUACACAGAAUCACUGUUUACAGAAGAAGUCCAGUGAGCUGCUCGCGCCAUCCCCUGUCUUGGAUAGCCCCAAACAAUAUGAAAACAUUAUCAAGUCAGGGACGCUAUACAGGCUCACUGUCCAGAACAACUGGAAGGCAUUUACUUUCGUGCUGAGCAGAGCCUACCUUAUGGCUUUCCAGCCUGGCAAGCUAGAUGAGGACCCCCUGCUAAGCUACCAUGUGGACGUGUGUCUGGCUGUCCAGGUGGACAACCUGGACGACUGUGACUCUUGCUUUCAAGUCAUCUUCCCCCAAGAUGUGCUCCGCCUCCGCGCAGAGACCCGGCAGAGGGCCGAGGAGUGGAUGGAGGCUCUGAGAACAGCAGCCAAUGUGGCGAGGAGUUCAGAGCAAAACCUGCAAGUCACCCUGAGAAGCAAACCCAAGGAUCAGAUGGGUGGGCACGAACUCAGGAAGAACAAACGUCAGUCUGUGACCACCAGCUUCCUCAGCAUUCUCACAACUUUGUCUCUGGAGCGAGGACUCACUGCUCAGAGUUUCAAAUGUGCAGGAUGUCAGCGAUCCAUAGGUCUCUCCAGUGGGAAGGCCAAGGUGUGCAGUUACAGUGGGUGGUAUUACUGCAGCGGCUGCCAUGUGGACGACAGUUUCCUCAUCCCGGCGCGCAUAGUCCACAACUGGGAUACUUCAAAGUACAAGGUAUCGAAGCAGGCCAAAGAGUUUCUGGAGUACGUGUACGAAGAGCCCCUGAUCGACAUCCAGCAGGAGAACCCCAUGCUGUACCGGCACGCCGAGCCACUGGCCACCGUGGUGCGGCUGCGGCAGCGGCUGAAAUCUCUGCGAGCCUACCUGUUCAGCUGCCGGGCCGCCGUGGCCGAGGACCUGCGCCGCAGAAUCUUCCCCAGAGAAUACCUCCUUCAACAGAUUCACCUGUAUUCCCUCGCUGAUCUGCAGCAGGUGAUAGAGGGGAAACUGGCUCCAUUCUUGGGCAAGGUCAUUAAAUUUGCCACCUCACACGUGUACAGCUGCAGUCUUUGUAGCCAGAAGGGGUUCAUCUGCGAAAUCUGUAACAAUGGAGAGAUCCUCUACCCUUUUGAAGAUAUUUCAACAAGCAGGUGUGAAAGCUGUGGGGCCGUUUUCCAUUCUGAAUGCAAAGAGAAGUCUGUCCCCUGCCCGAGGUGUGUCCGCCGGGAGCUGCAGAAGAAGCAGAAAUCUUUCUGGCGGAGGCUGAACAUGGACGAGAGCCUGGAGGAGGCUUGCAACAUGUUCGAGCUGUCCUACCAGAACACCUGACUCAGCGGGGGCCCGAGGCCAGGGACUGACCUCUCGCUGAGCCAGCAGCCGGCGGCUUCCUAGCUAGCCAGCCAGAACCCUUUGGAAGAGGAGGAUGUCUCAUCUUCAGCUAGAUAUAGAUGUAUAUCCACAUACAUAUCCACGCAUCCCAGUACGUCCCGUCUGUAUGUUCUGUGCAAAUCGCUGUCCAAAAGGUCCGUGAAGCCUCCGUGGCUCCUGAAAACUACCAGUAGCUGAAUUACACUUAGCCUUGAAUUUCAGCAGCUCGCUCCCAAGCAAAACGUGGUUUACACCCAAUGCUUUAGAGUCCAGACUUUUUUUUUUUUUUUUUUUUUGGCUCUCGGGGCCAUUUCAGUACAUAGGACACAGGAGGAAGCAUCUCCUACAGAACCACAGAACUUUGGGUUCUUUUCAUGUUAUUUAUUUUUAGCCUUCGCAGAGGACGGAGUAACUGAGGCAAAUACUCAUCACCGUCUGUUUCGAAUGAAAAUCUUCAGGACACAGGAACGAUGCCUGGAUCAUUCCAGGACCCAGUGUCCCUGACACCGUCACCUCGGUUUCUACCACGCAGGUGGGGAUCACUCAGCCGAGCCAAGUGGCUCAGAGAUGAGGCGUGUGCGCUCCCUCUGACAGAAAGCAGGCACCCUCGAAUUUAUGAGGAGAGCUCCUUCUGGCUUUGAGGUUCAUCUCAGGUUUUUUCCUGAGAAAAAAGACCUCAGACACCGAUGACUGCAUGUGUCGGUCUGUUUGCGGGUGUGAAUCCCAGCGCCCCCUGAGGCCGCGGGGCCCCCCACCAUAGUCGGUGGAAAACGUAGCUUUCUGAAGAGCAGUUUUCCCGGGGCUUCAUGGGUAACACGGAUGAGGUCGUAAUGGUGCCGGCCUGAGGAAAUUUCCUGUGACUGCGUUAAAUACAUCGGUUUGUAGACUGGUGGAGAUCAUGCAUACAUUCUAGGAGAUGGUCUUCAAUUUCUUUUCACAGAAUCUCGUGUGGGCAUUUCCUAUUUAUUUCAAAUGCUUUAUUUCUCGUGGCUCGUGUUUGCACUUUCAUUUGGACCUUUGCUUUGUCACUUCCACUUUCGCAUUUUUAAAAUUGUUUACAAAAUCAAAGUAACACGGGACUUCAAAACCCCCACGCUAGAUUAUGAAGAAAAUGUCAAACUUAUGAAUAUAAUGAAUUCAGUGUAAUAAUAUUGUCUGAAUAAAUAUUUAAUCCCACAUAUAAUCCCCACCUUAAACAGAAUGUGCUAAAAUCGUAUCACAGGAGUAGGAAAUCUAAGAAACUGCUUCGCCGCUUGGCCGAGUGGUGGCCCCCAGCGCGGGGCCCUCCCAGGAGCCGCGUCCAGUGGCUGUGACCAGAAUGCCAGAUGGGACAGCGCUGGAAAUCAUGGCUCCCAUCCUCCCACCAGAACUCUUUCCAGAACAGAAAGAUACACUGAUCCUGAGACAAUGUUCAGGCGACUACUGAGAAGACUCUCUUGCCACUGAGCAGAUGCCUCCAGUGCCCUCCCGGUGUGGUAGUUUCACUGUUGUUGGAGUCUAGAGCAUCAGUGGCUCAGGAAGUACAGGAUACAUUUAACCCCAUUGCCACUGCCCCCCUCCCCCUGCCCCGACACCUUGCUCCCUCCAGAUCCUAACUCUUGAUACCUCCGUCCACUUAGAGGCCAGACAUUUCAGACAGACUUGUGCAGACUGCCAGUACCUGGGCCCCAGACCGCAAGCUUCAUUUAUUUUCCGAUCCUACAGCAGCUGUAACCAACGGCAUAAAAACUUGCUAAAAGGCCAAGGCUCCCUUCACGAGGAGACCUUACGGAGCCUUUUAUUCUUGGAAAAGCAGGUUGACUUUUCCCCCACCCCGGUUACAGAGAAUGUUGCACACAAAAAGAUAAAGGGUGGAAAAAUCUCAAACAAGCGCUUGGCAAACAGGCAAACAAAUUUGACCCUCUCCUUUUUCCUCCCCUUCGUGAAACACAGUAUUUAUAUUUUCCAGCCUCAGAGAAGAUAGCAGAACAUGAUCUUUCACAAGAGAAUUAUAGACCUGCUUAUUAUAAAACAGAUGUGCUCCGAUGGCAAAGUGCCUUUUUCCUCCACCCCCAGCUCCCUGUCCCCGUAGCUUACUUCUGCCUUCCCCAUAAUUAAUGUAUCCGGGAUCCCGACUGUCAGCAAGGCAGUCCCCAGCACCCUGCGUUUGGAGCCCCGAAGUGCAGACGCCACUCCUCCCGGCCCAGCACACUGGCUCUCGGCACAGAAUCCCCUGUCCCACCUCACAGGCACCUAGCAUCCGAGCUGCUGGGGGUGCGAUUCUGGAUCCCCGUUCUAAAGGCCUCUGUCUUCACCGGUGCCCAUGGAGAGGGUCCCACUAAAUAUGGACCUCCCUGGGAACUCCCAAGGAGAACCUUCUAUCCACGUCAAUUUCUGCUUAUUUUCAGAAGAGAAAAAAAAAUUUUAUAUAUAUCUAUAUAUAGAGAAUAUAUAAAUCGCCAUUGGCUACCCAGAAGCAGGACUACUUCCUGGCUACUUCUCUUUUCUCUCCUUUUUGUAUGCCCUACACGGCCCGCAGCCACCACCACCCAAAUCUGAUAGGACAGAGCGGAGCCAGCUUCGGAAUUGGGUCGUCAUGAGAAGUUCAACAUUGCCGUUUUCCAGCCCAGAACGCCUUAGAGCCCAUGAACACCCUUACUGUUUUCCACCCAAAUGACUUGGUGCACUGUUAGGUAAUUGUUCCACUGCUUAGAAACUGUCGAAACAAAAGCAAAUCCGUGGAUUACCACCUCCCUAAGACCAAGCUAAUACCUGCUUUCCCCUCACAUUCCCUCUCUCAUCCCAUAUUAAAUAACUCGCACAUAAAACACCCGAGAAAAUGGCCAAUUAAUCUCCUAGAGCUGGCGGCCGACUCCAGGGAACCACUUUUCACUUGAAAGGCCCAUUCCCCGGUGGAUCACUGGAGGAAAUCCCUCCUAACGGUGCCAGAAACUCAUGUGUGAGACCGUCCAACCCUGGUAAAAUGUUGGCACCUAACCCUGCAGUAGAGAAGCCAGUUCCCAAAAUAGACCUCACUCGCACCACUGCGGGAAGGCCACGAAGUACUUUAAGAGCAGUCAACUGGAACCACAUCGUGUUUUUUCCAGCGCUGAUUUUCCCCAACCUUGAAAGCCUCUUUAUAUGAAAACCACGUCAACGCUCGUCAACCCCCUUUGCUUCCCUACUUUUCAGGGGACCGUAUUACCCUUAUUUUCCUAUCUGUAGUACUAAAGGGUAAUACUCUUUGGAGCUUGCCCGCUUGAUUCGCUGAGAGGGGAAUUGCUUUUUGAUUCUACUAGGCUAGGUUUCCACCAAAAAGGGAGUAUCGGUAGUGUUGGGGAUUUGUGGUUUCCAACUAACAGUGGUAUUUUGGCUCCUGCAAAAGGGCUGUGCCAUGACUUUCUUCCGGCUGCAGCAAGAACCCUGGUGUUGACCUCACUCUGGCGAAGCUAGAGUGAGUUCACUUUGAUGAGGUCUGGCCUCUGGUUUGUCGCUGCGUGUGUACACACUGCACAUUGACACCGGAGGGUUUCUCCCUGUGCCUCCUUGAAAAGAUUUGGCUUCCAAACCUCUGGGUUUAUUCUCUACCUGUUGGCCAAAAAAACCCGCCAUGCAUAAAUUACUGUAUUGGGGUAGGACGGGAUGCCCCACUGAACACUUCGUGCAAAGAGAGACAUCUGAGGAAUCCGAGAUACAUUUUGCUCCCAGCCGAGGGUGGAGCCAAUGCCGCUGUCCGUAAGUUUAGGCAGAAUUAUUCAUCUCCACCACAUUUUAUUGAAGUGACUGGAUUAGGAUGUCAGUCUUCAGCUCUUGAUUCUAAUACUGCCAAGAGUCAAUACAGAGGUUAUUUUACUUUUUUUUAACUUUUCUCAGUAAGAAGAUAUGCAUACAAUUUCCCCCUUAUUUCUUGAAUUUUCUGUCUCAAUACGUUUGUUACUCUAAUGGCAGAAAGUAGAGAAUUUAGGGUGAAACACAACGAAAUGAACACUCUCUCCUUGACAUGAACUGAGUCAGUAGAGGUACUGUUUUCCUUCCCUUGGUACUUGCUACAGCUGAGUGUUAGUGUGCUGUGUACCUUGGACGAUUCUUCUAACCCCGCAUCCAGUAGAACUCAUUGCUCUAGGUAGAGCCUGGUGAUGGGUGAGUAAGCCCCACUCGGUUAAUUUAAGCAGACAAGUGUUGGUUUCUGGCAUGGGGCACAGUUAAGUCCUAGCAUCCAGCAAAUUCCCCAUGGUAGACAAUUCUAUAUUGUAUUCAGACCCUCUGACUGGAAGGGUCUUCUUUGGUGUGUCUUAGUGGGUGCAGGCCAAGGUCAAGUCUAAGUCACUGUUAAACUCGAGGUAAAAGUCAGAAGUGUGGAAUGCCCUCCUCAGCACAACCGUGGUUGUCAGGAGUUUUAUUUAAAACGGGUUCCCAGUGAUCGUGUUAUGGGGCACUUUCCUCGCCAAGUGGCCUCCAAAGUGAUGGAAGGCAUUGUUCAGCUUGAAAAAAGGCACAACUGCUAUUUCGCUUUUGUUCCUCCCUGUGGAAAGAGAAGCCACCCUGUUAGAAAGGUGUGGAAGGAAGUCACAGUCGUUGCCCAGGGCAGGUGCUACAGCAACUCUUAGCGCAGCAAAGACUCCCUUCUCCUGACCAUCACGCUGUCGACCAGCCUCUCCUGUUCCCCUGGAUCUUCCUCGCCCUCCUCAGAGCCGGUGUCAGGCCUCCUGGCCAGAAAGCCGUAGGCAGACCACGGGAGCCGGCGCUCGUCCUCCAUGCUGGGCUUCCCUGUCUCUCCCCAUAGGAGUGCCUUACAGUACUGCCUCGUGCUUCUAGUCUCCUCCGUGGACCCACUGGAAGCCCUUUGCCUAAACACAGAUCACUUCGCUUCUUCCCUGCUGGCCACUCUGUACAGAUGUGCUCAGAACCUGCACAUUCCACAAGCAUGGCUGACCUUUCACCUUUGUUUAACCUGGUGCCUUAACCUGGAGAGGGAAGGAUUCCUUUGGGAACAUAUUGUUAAAGCAGAAUGGCAGAAACAUGGGCUUCCUAGCUCCGUGGACACUUCUACCAGGAAAUAUAAAAGACACAACCACAUAAUGUUUUAACUUUGUUUAAUGCUGGAUUUUGUGUGUGUGUGUGUGUUUUUGUUUGUUUGUUUUUUGUUGUUGUUGUUUGUUUAGUUUUUUUAAAUCACUCUUCAUUUGUUUGCUUGCUUGCAUUAACCACACUCAGGGGAAUGUAUGUCAUGAUGUCACCAAGGCCAACACGUAGAGGAAUUAAACCAGUUCUCCAGAUUUGAAUCUGUAAAGUCAGUGAACUUAGCCUUUUUCAGAUUAAAAAAUUACAGAAACAGAGUUUUCUUUUACUGUAUAAAGGUUUUCUUUUUUCCUUCGCCACCUGUUUUCCAAGUAGGAAGUGGGAAGCCUCUUGGACACAUUGUGAUAAAAAUGUUUCUGGGUGGCGUGGGCGGUCCACCAAGCUAUUAAAUUUGGCUUUUGCUGCUGGAGGCCUAGGUUCUGAUUUCAGUCACCCACCACAAUCUUAUUUUGAAUAGCCAGAAGCCUACCAUACAAGAUUUAGGGAGGGAAAAAAAAAAUCCGUCUUUAAGGAAUAGUAAAAGGGAAAAUGUUGUUUACAAAUGAAGAGCAUUGAACCGGGUGCAGAGAGUUCUGUUCCGCUUGUUGUUUGGCUCCUAGAUCAGAUCCGUGUCAUUUUCCCUGAGUUCUGCUCACACGGUACAGAAUUAAUUACGGUUCUGGGUUUGGGCUAUUGUAUCACUCUGUGUUGAGCUCUUUGAAAUAGCUGAUGCGCUAACAUACACACACACAAACACACACACAUAUAUGUUGUUUCUGUUUCCUGGAAUUCAUUGCCUUUUGUUUUGGAAUAACUUAUCCCUCUUUUUGUUUAUAUCAUUUUUAAGUAUCGGUAACUGUAAUAAUAUAAGAUAAAGUUGUGUUGUUGACAAGAGCCCGAGUUUUUAUGGUCAUCUGUCAUAUAAUUUAAGUGCACCAGUUCCUAAUGUAUAAAGUUAUCGCUCUCUCAAUAAACAAUAGAGAAAGUA